UACACUGACAACUGAGAGACCAACUUGAAGUAUUAUAAAAGUGCAAAUAAUAGCUUAGUUGGCUCCCUUCAAAAAUUACUACAUGGGUAUUUCACUCGAAAUGUCCAGAAAAAGAAAUAACUAAUACAUACCCUUAUCGCAAGUUGCAAAGUCAAAUAAAUGAGCUCAUGUAACAUAGUUCAUUAAUAUGAAUAUUAAAUGCCUUUAGGAGAACAUAGGAAGGGCAAAAGAGUAAAUGUGUCACCGUUCGACGCCAACUCUUUUGAUCCCCUCCAAAGCUCGAGGAAAAGAGUGAGUGAGUUCACUACAAACCACUGGCUUUAGUCUACGGUGGACACAACUCCUCGACUAAUUGGUCAAAAUAUCUUGUGACCACCAACUAGCAAGCACCAAAUUGGAUGUUCUAUCAGCUUCUCCACAUCCUAAAACAAUGAAUAUUGAUUGCUGAGAGGCUUGCUGACUGCCCAAAAAAAACCUUGACAAAAAGUUAGUGGGGUAACUAACUAGGAGUGAAAUCAAUGGUAGAUCUUGAAAGAAACUUUAGCAAAGUCAUCAUAAAUGCUCUUCACAUCUCAUGUACUAUGUUAUGGAAUGGUCACGCUUCUCUUUACAUUAAAGCUAGAUCAUGUUAAAAGUUGAGGCCAGCAAGAAUAGUUUCAACUUUCAAUAUAAUUCCACCUUCCCCCUUGCUGGCCCACUUUUGUACGGAACACCAAUCAGUAUUUUUACCUCAUCACAACACCAAAUCAUCUCCACUUAGUCACUUACUAGACUUCACAUAGGAGGAAAAGUAUGGAACUGGUGGUCCUCACACGUACUUACCUUCUUUUUUUUUUUACCUUGGUUCAAGUUUCAUACUCUUUCAUCUGGCUUCCUCACUCUAGUUUGGCCCAACUAGUUUCUUCUCACAGGGAUGGAAACUAACAAAUGGGAAGGGAAGAGAAGCAUAAAUGAAGCAGAAGAGGAAGAGGAUGAACAUGAAAGUUUUGAAGAGGAUAGCAAAAGGAAGAGGGUAUUGACUCGCUCUGGGAGGAAGCUAUCUGGUGGAGGGUCAGCACAUCCUUCUUGCCAGGUUGAGCAGUGCACUGCAGAUAUGGCAGAUGCCAAGCCAUACCAUCGCCGCCACAAGGUGUGCGAGUUCCAUUCAAAGUCUCCAAUAGUACUUAUUAGUGGACUCCAGCAGCGGUUUUGUCAGCAAUGUAGCAGAUUUCAUCUGUUAGCAGAGUUUGAUGAUGCUAAAAGGAGUUGCCGAAGGCGUUUGGCAGGUCACAAUGAGCGCCGCCGUAAAAUUACAUAUGACUCUCCUGGAGAAAGUUUGGGCUGAAGCAGCAUCAGCAUCAAUGGCAGUGAAAUCACCUACCUUCUGAAGUAAAUAAGCAUGCUCUCUAUCUUCUGUCAAUUUCCAGAUUUCUAAGCAAAUUGUUAUUUGCGACCUUCAAGUAUCUAGCUAAUAGUACUUUCAUUUCCCUCAUGUAAAGGGAAGGACGAAAAGAGUAAGCCGCUGGCACUGUCUGCUAUUAUUCGAAAAAUGAAAUAUUUGUAGUAUGAUAGCAUAUCACAUGGUGCUCGAAAGUCUACCAUGUCGACAUUCCAACUCACUUACGAGGUUUCUAUUUAAACUUUUUUCUUGUAGUUAUAA